UCAGUGGCCGCCUGUGAGUCUGCAGCAAGGUCUCCUCCUGCCUGCCUGCCUCCAACUGCCAGCAGAGCUGCGUGUCUCCUUCAGAUGCUGAGGGAGUAGCUCGGGGAAGGAGGGUGGAGGAAGAGAAACAGAGAGAGAGAAAGAGAGAGAGAGAGGAAAGGAGAAAGAUUUCAGCACCGGAGCUGUCCGUGGCUCUUUGGGAAGAAGUCUCUAUUCCGACUGUACAUUUUCUCUGUGGGACUGUGAGAGAGGAGAGAGGAAGGAAUAAUAAACCGUGCCGUGCCAUUCAUCUCUCUGCGGGGGCUCCAAAGGCGCGUAACGACGCACAUACUUCAUUCGAGCGCAGUCUUUGCCAUGCUGGACGGCCGGGCUUGAGACAGAAAGGAUAAAGUCUCCACAUAAAGUCGAGCUGAACACCAUCAGCCUUUUACUCUUCUUUUACGCCAUGGGAGUGCUUAUGUCAAAGAAGCAGCAGGUGGAGAAGGUGCAGAAAUGCAACGCUGUCGUCAAUGCCUUCCAGGCGGGCGUCAAGGAACGUCCUGCCUUCGCCAAACCCGCAGACAGCGAAGCGGAUGAAGGAGAAGGCCCUGCCAAGCCCUCGGCCAAGGCCGACGAGAAGAACGCGGAGGAGGCGGAGCAAGAGGAAACGGACAACAGCGCAGGCCCGUCGACCUCGGCGCCAGCGAGGGACGAGUGUAAGGCCAACCAGGAGGCCUGGUCGAGGUUGCGGGACGGGAAAGGCGUGGAGCCUGAAGAUCUUGACAAGAGCCAUCAGCUCACGCCGCCUGCUUUCGUGCGGCCCAAAAGGGAAGCAGAUGAUGACCAGUCUUUAGAGGUGGAGCUGGAAAAGAAAGAGCAGCCACCCAGCGAUGAAAUGUGUGAUGUGUGUGAGGUGUGGACGGCCGACGACCUGUACCCCUGCAGGAUCUGUACUCGGAUGUUCCACGACGGCUGUCUGAGGGAGCUGGGCUACCUGCGAGCCGAGGCCCUGCAGGAGAUGAGAGAUACGGCCCACACUGUUACUGGCUGGAGCUGCUACUAUUGUGAUAAUCUGAAUCUACUCCUAACAGAGGAAGAGAUGUACAGCCUCAUGGAGACCUUCAAGCAGUGCAAGAUCAUCCCAGAGUCAUGCCUGGUGUCAGAUGAGCUGCUGCAGUACCGCCACUUUGCAUCCAAGCAGCAGUUCGACAAGGACCUGACUGAUGAGCAAGAGGAGGAAGUCCUGGCCCAAUUUGCGGCGCUUGAUCCUGAGAAGAAGGGUCACAUUGAAUGGUCGGACUUCCUUUACUUUGAGUCUCUCGCAGUGUUGAGGAAGUUUCGCACAGAGAACUCAAUGGUGCGUCUGUUGACUGCCAAGGAGAGAAACAACGCACGGUCGGUGUUCCUGGGUGUGGACCUGGACGAAGACGGUGUGAUCACAAGAGCUGAAUGCCGCCAGGCCCAGCAGUCCUGGUUCCACAAGCUCAAUAAAGACUCGCAGUCUUGCAAUGUGAGACUCAUGGGACUCUGCUCUCCUAUGAAUUGUGGUAUAAGUCAUGUUGGCCCCAUGUGUGAGAGCAGCCCAGCCAGCUCUGGCAGUGAAAGGAGCAAGACGGAUGACAGCAGGCCGGUGACAUGGGCGGACUUUUUAAAGGAGAGUGCCAUCUAUGUUGUGGCUGCGCGGCCAAAUAGCUCUGCCAUGCACAUCCGCCUGCCUCUAUAGUCCAGGAUCCUCCACUGAUCCCCAGCAGAGAGAGAGAGAGAGAGAGAGAGAGAGAGAGAGAGGCAGAGAGAGAUAAGAGGGUGUACCCUAUAGUCUACAAGAUGAGCGGAGGAAAGAUAGACGCGGCGACACGAUGACAUGCGGAAGGCAACUGAGCGAACUGGAUGAAGCACCGAGCGGAGACAGCGGAUCAAGCCAUCGACGGAGUCUCUCCUCCUCUGCGCCACCUCAACCCCACGACACUUGACAACACACGCGUUGACUGACACACCGACGACGCAAGUGACAGCAGCUGUCACAGGUCCCCCACUCCCAAAACUUGACGGCUUCCGACAAAUGUGAGCGAGAUAGGACGAGGAAGACAACCACCCACCCAGUCAGUCAGUCAGGGAUAAUUCUGAAACUUUGAGUGUAGCGAUCAUGCAUACAAUCAGACAAGCUCCUAGGAUGCUCGCACUCUUAUUAUAUGCCAAACUCUAUGGCCCUCCAGCUGCAUAACACACCUCUCCAUGCAGGUACGUAAUGUGACAAGUAUUCAUUCCUUUGGGCCUCAUCAAGCCCUAAUAAUAGCUCCAUGCUACUGUAAUGGGAUUGUGUUAUUCACCAUCAAAAAUUGGUAAUCACACUACAACAGAGGCAAAUGCAAAUUCAUACUGUUUGACAAGUGGAUAGACUUCUGGGAGGAGAUUAACCCUGCAGCUGCCAUUAUCAGAACGUAUACCAAAUGGGAAUGAAAAGCUAUCCAUCCAUUAUCCACUAUCUUUCGCUUAUCCAGGGCCAGUUCGCAGGGAAAGCUAUCCGCGCACCUUGAUAUUAUAUGAGAACUGCUAUCCAUGCCAGUAUAAAUUAUUAUUAUGCAUUAAAAAGCUGUAUUUAUUCCUGUAUCCUCUGAUGUAUCCUCUGUUUUCCCGAGUCUCAUCCGAGAGUCUAUGUUCUUCUGAAAUACUAACCGUGAAAAAAAGGAUGUUAACGAAAGCUAACCCAGUAAAAAAGACGUGCAUAUACUGCCAUAUAGUACAUUUUGUUCCCGUUGUUGCUCAGAGCUGCACUUUGACAAGGCGGAAAACAUCUACCCUCCUGUUCUAGUGUCCUCAUUUGCACUGUGGGAAUGAGAUGCGGAUGGACUACUGUGUGACAUAAUCACUGUAAUGACAAUACCGAAAGACAACGGGAGAUCUGGAGCAAACAUUUGUCCUUUGUUAAAUAUGCAGAAGCACUGUUUAAAACAAUUGUUAUGGAACACAUGGUGAGAAAGUUACAGGUUAUACAACAAUUUAAAUGCACAUGAAAACUGCCCAUAGAAUCACUGGAAACAUGCUGUAACAAGUAGAACUUCAUGUAGUGUUUAUGCCAUGUAAUGACGGGUCUAUACGCCAGGACCUCUAAGUGAAUAAAGUAUGGUUAUGACAUGAGUCUUGAUUGUCUGAGGGAUGUGUCACAGUGCUGAAAUAAAUGCAUGGCAUUUACUCUCCUCCUUGAGAA